AUGCUAUUAUCAUUGUUAUGGCUACCUGUACUUCCUAUGGCAUCCUCAUCACCGUUUCAGUGUUAUUCAUGUGGUGUCUUCUUGAGUGCUCCAACAGCAACCUGUAAAGGUGAACCAAAGAAAAUAAAUUGUACUGGUAGUGGAAUCCGGAAUGGUUGCAUCUCAGUCACUGCAUUAAACACGGAUGGUUCAUAUUACGUUGAAAAGCGAUGUGCAGAUUCUGAGGAAAGAAAGCUCAAUGAUGGUGAAUGUGUGAAUAUGAACGUCUGGAAGUAA